AUGCAUUCUAUGGCUCGGCUCAGACGAUCCGGCCACCAGUUGAGGGCAGGAGCAGUCUGUGUUUGUUCAUAUGGCGGGGUCUCUUCUGGUGGCCCUGCUUUCUCUGAAUAUAUCUCAGCUCUGUCAAUGGACCGGUUGGCUCGUCUUCUUGUUGCUGGUUUACAAAGCGUCCAAGCUUUACCUGAAGCACAGGCAGCUGGUCUCAGCCUUCGGUCCUUUCCAAGGACCUAAGACCCACUGGCUCUAUGGAAAUGCCCAUGAGUUCCACGGGGAUGGGAAGGACUUAGACAUUUUAUCCGGUUAUGCUGAGCGAUACCCAUAUGCCUACCCGCUGUGGCUGGGAAAUUUCUUCGCUUCACUCACAAUCUGCCACCCUGAUUACGCAAAAGCCAUUCUGUCAAGACAGGAUCCAAAGGAUAAUUUUGGCUACUAUUUUAUUACACCAUGGAUUGGGAAAGGACUGUUGGUCCUGUCGGGACAGAAGUGGUUCCAGCACCGGCGGCUGCUGACUCCGGGGUUUCACUAUGAUGUGCUGAAGCCGUAUGUCGGGCUGAUGUCUGACUGCACCAGGGUCAUGCUGGAUAAAUGGGACAGAUUGGUUUCAGAUCAGAAGCCAGUAGAGCUUUUCCACCAUGUCAGCCUGAUGACUCUGGACACCAUCAUGAAAUGUGCCUUCAGUUAUCAGAGCAACUGCCAGCAUAACAGUGAAAAUGCCUAUAUAAAAGCCGUUUAUGACCUCAGCUACUUGGCGGAUUAUCGGUUCUGUUGCUUGCCGUAUCACAAUGAUCUCAUUUUCUACCUAAGUCCUCAUGGAUUUCGCUUUCGGAGAGCACUGAAAGUAGCUCAUGAACACACGGAUAAAGUCAUUAAAGAAAGAAAAGAAUCUCUUAAACAGGACACCGAGCUCGAGAAAAUCCUCCAGAAGAGACACUUGGAUUUUCUGGAUAUCCUGCUGUGUGCUAAGGAUGAAAAUGGUCAGGGUCUGUCGGAUGAGGACCUGCGAGCAGAGGUGGACACCUUCAUGUUUGAGGGACACGAUACUACGGCCAGCGGGAUCUCCUGGAUCCUAUACUGUUUGGCCAAAUACCCAGAGCACCAGCAGAGAUGCAGAGAGGAGAUCAGAGAAGUCCUGGGGUUCAGAGACAUUUUGGAAUGGGACGAUCUGGGGAAAAUGCCCUACACCUCUAUGUGCAUUAAGGAGAGCUUGCGGCUCUAUCCGCCAGUUCCAGGGGUGGCUCGUGAGCUCAGCCAACCAAUCACAUUCUGCGACGGGCGAACUCUCCCAAAAGGCGCUGACGUACUUCUGAGUAUAUAUUGCAUGAAUAGAUGUUCCAGCAUAUGGGAGGCUCCAGAGGUUUUUGAUCCUUUGAGAUUUUCUCCAGAAAAUUCAUCUAAAAGACAUUCACAUGCCUUUCUGCCCUUUUCAGCUGGAUCACGGAACUGUAUUGGCCAGAAUUUUGCCAUGAACGAGAUGAAAGUGGCCGUAGCGUUGACCUUGCAGAGAUACGAGCUGAGUCCAGACCCUGACAAUGAACCCCUAUUGCGUCCUCAGCUAGUGUUACGCUCCGUCAACGGAAUUCACCUCAAUUUAAGGAGAGUAGAAAGAAUGGGCAGACAAGAGUGAGAAGGACAUGAGCAUAAGUCUUCUACGAAUAUUCGGCCUGAAAUUCUAAUGAAUGAUUGUAUCAACAAGUUUUAAAGGUGCUAAAAAAAUACAAAUUAAACUUUCUGUGCCAUGUAAAA